GUGGUGAGAGAAUCGCUUGCAUUGCUGCUCUCCUCCAAAAUGAAAGUCCUCCUUCUUCUGUGUUUUGUGGCAUUUGCCCACAGCAGACAAAUUAGCUUCACUAAUCGGUGCUCUCAAGAUGUGUGGGUGUCACCUCUGACGAACGCACAGGGUCCUCCACAUCCCGAUGGAAUACGACGACUAGCGAACGGUGCCACACACGUCUACCAAAUCUCAGAUGCAGGUUGGGGUGGUCGAUUCUGGCCAAAGACCGGAUGUGACGCCAACGGUCAAAACUGCGAAGUUGGACAAUCCGUCGACCCGUGUUUACCAACUGGUUGUGAUCCACCUGCAGAGACCAAAGUAGAAUUUUUCUUUCCCCCAAUCACAAAUACCGAUGAUGUCUGGUACGAUGUUUCUCUUGUGGACGGGUACAGUCUUCCAGCACAAAUCAUUCCUGAUCAAAAUGGGGGUGCCUGUGUUCCAACGCAUUGCGCUGUAUCCUUAGACGCUUGUCCACAAAACGAUCUAGAAGUCGGAGAUCUUAGGGUGAUAAAGAACGGAAGAACUGUCGCAUGUCUUGCCCCAUGCAAGAAAUGGAAUUACCCUCCACCAUUCGGACACGGGCGACCUGAAGACAUUGAACCGGGAUUGUGGCUUUGUUGCCCAACGCCACCGAUAGAUCCUCUGGCUUGUCGAGCUGGUCUUGUGGUUAGGACAGCAUACGUGGACUUGGUUCACCGAACAUGUCCAUCAGCAUACAGCUACUCUUAUGACGAUGAGGCCGGGUUACACAACUGCCCAACCAACACCAACUUUGCUGUUACAUUCUGCCCAUAAAUUCGAAAUUAAAAAAAUAAUGUUGAUUACAAUUCGAUUUUAUUUUUAACUCAGUGUGUGUCCUUUAAGACGCUUCUUAACUCGAUUUUAAAUUUAUUCCUUGAUACAAAUAAUUCUUAAUUUGACCACUGAACUUGUGCAUAACUAAAUGCAACACUUUAAAAUUAAAUUUUUAUGGGUGGAAUUAAUUCGACUAAACUAUUAGUGCCGCAGCGCUCAUUAAAAAUUAUCUGAAAAAAAAAUAUUUGGUUUA